GCGUCAAGCACGCUUCGUGUAACCUACUAGCACGUGGUUAGUCUGUUCCUGACUCCUGCGGUCAGAACUAAGUUUUUCCCGACGAUUCCUAGGUCGCCAAAAUGGGGAAAAAGUCCAAAAUCGGAAAACAGAGGAAGGACAAGUUCUACCAGUUGGCGAAGGAGACAGGGUUUCGUUCCCGUGCGUCUUUCAAGCUGAUCCAGCUCAACAGGAAGUUCGAAUUUCUUCAGAAGUCCAGAGUCCUGCUGGACCUCUGCGCCGCUCCUGGAGGAUGGAUGCAGGUCGCCAAGCAGAACAUGCCAGUUUCUAGUAUCGUCAUAGGAGUUGAUCUUUUUCCAAUAAAACCCAUUCCUGGGUGUGUUUCUUUGAUCGGUGACAUAACAACUGACAAAUGUCGUCAUGACAUUGCGAAGGAGCUGCAGACAUGGAAAGCCGAUGUCGUACUAAAUGACGGUGCUCCGAAUGUCGGUCAGAAUUGGCUUUAUGACGCAUAUCAGCAAGCCUGUUUGACACUUGGUGCUUUGAAAUUGGCCACGCAUUUUUUGAAAGAGGGCGGCUGGUUUGUUACUAAAGUUUUCCGCUCGAAGGACUACAACCCUCUCCUCUGGGUUUUCAAGCAGCUUUUUAAAAAAGUGCAUGCCACAAAGCCUCAAGCAUCUCGUAAUGAAUCGGCUGAAAUUUUCGUCGUCUGCCAACACUACCUGGCGCCUGCGAAGCUUGACGAGCGCUUCCUCAAUGCGAAAUACGUUUUCAAAGAACUGGAGCUGGAACCGAGAAAUAAAUUUAAUAUUUUACAUCCGGAGAAGCAGAAGAAAGCGAAAGCAGAAGGCUACUCCGAACUCCGAGGAAUUUACCACACAGUUAAAGCGACCGAAUUCAUUAAGAGUGAAGAUCAUGUCGAACAUCUGCAGUAUGCUUCUUGUGUUAUUUUUGAUGACCCUGAGAUUCAAAACGAUCCAGAAACAACUAAUGAGAUCAAAGAGUGUUGUAAGGACAUCAAAGUGCUUGGAAGGAAAGACCUGAGGUCAAUUCUGAACUGGGCAAAAUCGAUGAAGAAAAAAUACUACCCGGAAGAGAAAAAACCGGAGGUGUUAGUGAAGGACGAUGAAAAUGAGGGCAAGAGUGAAAUUGUGCUGUCUGAAGAUGAACAAGAAUUGAAAGACAUUGACGACAAAAUUAACGAACUUGAGACCGAAGAGGCUCGGGAGUUGAGGAGGAAGAAAAAACGGGCAAACAAGGAACGCAGCAAACUACAGGAGAAGCUGAACCUAAAGAUGAUUGUGAAAGGAGAUGAUGGCCCUGUUGAGGAAGACACUAUGGAACCACUUUUCAGCCUGGAACAGAUUCAAACCAAAAAAGCGCUGGAUAUGGUGUCAGACCAACAGCCGAAUGUCAAAGCGAACAGCGAUUCUGAAUAUGAUUCGGACGAUGGUGUUGGCGCGUACCGCUCUAGCUACAUCCCUUACGACAGUGAAAAGUCACAUUUGGACAAAUCUGGCAAAUUUUAUACAGAAGAAUCUGAUAAAAGUGAUGAAGAAGACGAGAGUGAUUACGACAGUGGCGAAGGCUUAGGAUUUGAAGAAGGCGAUGAAAAUGAUAAAAACGCAAAAAAGAAAAAAGUACGAUUUUCACUUGAUGAUAAGGAUGAAGAAAGCAGUGAUGAUGAUAAAGAAAGCAAUCCUUUACUCACUGAUCUAGAUCCGAGAGAUAGGGAGACCAAGAGGCUUCAAAAAGCACAACUUUGGUUCCAGAAGGAUAUUUUUAAAGGACUCGAGAAGGGUGAAGAUGAGGAAUUUGAACUGGAGCAGAUGGCAGAGUCUAUAAUUAAAAAGGGAGGAAAUAUUAUUGGAAAAGACGUUAAACAGGAAAAUGGAAAAGAAACAGAAGAGAAAAGCGAGGACGAAUACUCCAAUUCAGAUUCUGAAGACGCGAUGAGCGAAGAUGAUUCUGGUUUGGAUCUUGAAAGUAGCCAGCCUCCAAGAAAGAAAACAAAAGUGCUUAAAGAUGACGAAUUUGAAGUUGUACCAAAAGGUAAAAAAAAUAAAAAGAAGGAAAAGCUCUCAGAACGAGAAUUGGCUUUGGGAUCGAUGAUGGUGGUGUCGAAGAAGGCCAAGAGGGACUUGAUAGAUGGAGGGUGGAACAGAUACGCUUUCAAUGAUGAAAAUCUCCCUGACUGGUUUGUCGAAGACGAAAAGAAAUUCAUGAAGAAGGAACUGCCCGUUCCGAAAGAACUGGAGGAAGAGUAUCGUAAGAAAUUCCAAGAGAUCAACUCUCGUCCAAUCAAAAAGGUAAUCGAGGCCAAGGCAAGGAAGAAAAAGAGGGCUCUCAAGAAGAUGGAACGUGCCAAGAAGAAGCUUGAAGGGCUCAUGGAAAACCCAGACGUCUCAGAACGAGAAAAAGCCCGCCAGAUAAAAAGGUUAUACAAAAAAGCAAAGGAGCCGAAGAAGGAAACAACAUACGUAGUCGCGAAGAAACAUACUUCAGCCAAACGUAUGAGGAGGCCACCCGGAGUUAAAGGCAACUACAAAGUAGUCGAUCCAAGGUUGAAAAAAGACACCAGGGCGAAACUCGCCUCAGCGAAAAAAGGGAUGAAAGGGGCCAAAGGGAAAAAAGGAAAAGGCAGAUAAUUGUAAAUAUCUUCCAGGCUGAUCAAUUCGAUGAAAUUUUAACUGUGUACAUAAUUAUUAAUUUUACAUAUUUAUGUAAAUACAUUAAUUUUAUAACA